GUUCUGUAAAAUAACUGGAAAGAGAGAAAUGGAAUUGUUUCGUCGAAUGAGUUCCUCCCCACCCUUCCGCACCGAGGACCGCUCGCUUGUAACAUAGAGUUUAUCUGGCCCAAUCGAUCGACGUGAUUCGACUCGAUAAAACCAAAGGAACCUUACAAAAGCUUUGUAAUAAAGUCGAAAUGACUUAACGACGUUUAUCAGUGAAGUAGGUUAUUCUGGCGGUCAAGCACAGGCAUUUCCGGUGCGGGUUCGAGGCUAAGACGCAUGUUCCGCGCAUGAACGGAAGCGUGACUCGCGUAGUUGUGCGAUUCGAACUCGGCGAAUUUCUUGGGAACGCAACUACUCGGUAGGAACAAGUAUCGUUGGAGAAGGAACAUUCUUCUCAAAUUAUUUCGAGGUACGAAUUUCGCGGAAUUGUAAACCGCAUCUGGAGCGAGUGCAGAAUAAACGCGAUACGCGCAUUUCAUGCAACUUAUAAUACCUGAGGUAAAUUCAUGUUUACUACAAAAUCAUCAAUCUACAGAAAAAAAUCCUCGUCUGCCAUUUUGCGAAUAAAAUUUUGCUGCGUCAUUGCACCUUUGCGCAAUGACGAAUAUACAUUCUAUGAAAAUAUACAAUAAUAUAUUAAUAUAAUUUAUCUGUACGAUAUUGCGUAUAUAUCAAUUUAUAUUUUACAAGAGUCGUUUGGAGGCUGAAAAGCAACACGCACAAACAAGACAAAAAAUCUUUGUAUUUGCUUUUGACAAUAAAAAUCGGCACAAGAUCCAUGCCUUUCCGUAUCGUUUCGAGAGUCGAACUCAUGAAAAUUACAUGAAAAUCUCCUUUACAAAGAAUCGCUAGUAUUUCGCGUUAUAAAGUUUCUAAAGUCGCGCGUUUCUGGGACGGCGUUGGAUCGCGUGUCCGCACAAGACAAUCGUUCGUUUCGGCAUAUACUAGAAAAAGGCUCGAGAUCUGGGCCAUAAUUCGAAAUUGUACGGUGCGUAAGUGGACGCAAGACGGGACGAGAGGAAAACCGAGAGACGAGACCCGCCAUCCGCCGCCAGGAACUGCGCGCACGGGCGCGAGCAGCGCCACCAACUGAAAACAAAAAUGAUUAUCAGAUUUCUCAUAGACGGGUAAUGUCUGAUAGAGCUAACGCAAUGAAGUUGGAAGCUGAGAUAGCUGCACCUUUGCAUCUGCAGAGACUGGAACGCAGCUUGAAUGUAAAACCUUUCUUAAAACAGAUGAACGAUCUCUUUCAAGAACAAGCUAGUGAAGAUGACAAGUCUGUCUCAUCAGAAUCUUCUGAUGGUUCGGAUGCUUAUCUUGAUAAUGUACCCACUCGAAAAGAAGAAGCAAGAAUCAAUAAGCUGAGGCUAUACAAUAUGUCUAGUGUAGGAGAAGAAAGACGCUGGUUGCAAGAUAUACUUUUAAGUGAUUCCUCUGAUAGUUCUGCAUCAGGCUCUGACACAGAUAGUCAGAUUACGGAAGAAGACUUUCAAGAGAUGCUAAAGUUUCACAUAUUACGGAAAAAAUAUCAAGGUCGUUUUUAUCAGAAACCAGAAAAUAUACAAUAUCAAUAUUACAGUGCGGGUUUAUUGUCAAAUUAUGAUAGAUUUUUAGAACAUCAAAAGUUGAUUGUGGGAAAUAAAAAGAAGAAAGAAAAAAAACCAGAUAAAAAAAUCAUGAAAAUCAAGAAAGAAAAAGUUAAUCGUCACUGUACAUCUGAGGAAUAUCAUAAAGGAGAAUUUCCAGAGGGAGAAUGGGAUAAAGCAAUUCCUAAGGAAGAAGAGUUAGACGAAUCUGAAUUAGAAGCUAUUAUGCGUCAUCAACCUCGAGGUAGAGGUAGAAAAAAACAUAAUACCAAGAGUGUUGAAGUGAUGACGAUGAGAAGAAGGAAAAUCUGGAUUAUGAUGUCUAAAAAGGAAUUAGGAAAAGUACAAAGGGCCAAAACCAAUAAUCAUAAGGAAAUGCUAAUAAGUUGUAAGAAAGUAGCGCAGCAUUGUAUAAAAUAUUGGAGGCAGAAAGCUAUGCAAUCGCAGAAAAAUAUGAAAGAAACUAUCUGGCGGGCAAAACGGUUGACAAGAGAAAUGCAGUCUUAUUGGAAGCGUUACGAUCGAGUCGAACGGGAGACUAGGAGAAGAUUAGAAAAGGAAGCUGAAGAACAACGCAAAAUGGAUGUAGAACUUAUUGAAGCCAAACGUCAACAAAGGAAAUUAAAUUUCCUCAUUACUCAAACAGAAUUGUAUGCUCAUUUUAUGUCGCGAAAAAUAGAUAAAGCAUCGGCAGAAGAACAGUUAAGAAUCUUAAAUCAAUUAGAUGAAGAAAAGAAUCCCAGACUUAUUGGAAUUGACGAUUAUGAUAGUGAAAUUAUGAAACAAAAAGCAAAGAAAAAUGCUACUGAAGCGUUUAAUAAUGAAAAGGCCAGGACUAAGCAAUUUGAUACAGCUGCUGCAUCUCAAGAAUUACGUCUUAGUGACACACCUGAGAAUCUAGAGCAUCCACAACCUUCAAUUUUUAAGGGAAAUCUGAAAGGUUAUCAAUUAAAAGGAAUGAAUUGGUUGGCAAAUUUGUACGAUCAGGGUAUUAGUGGAAUACUGGCUGAUGAGAUGGGUCUGGGCAAAACUGUACAAUCCAUUGCAUUUUUAUGUCAUGUUGCCGAGAGAUAUUCUGUUUGGGGACCAUUUUUAAUUAUAUCACCAGCCUCGACAUUACAUAACUGGCAGCAAGAAAUGGCGAGAUUUGUACCAGUAUUCAAAGUAGUUCCAUAUUGGGGUAAUCCUCAAGAACGAAAGAUACUCAGACAAUUUUGGGAUACUAAAGAUCUGCACACAAAGGAAGCUUCUUUCCAUGUAGUAAUAACAAGUUAUCAAUUAGUAAUUACAGAUUAUAAAUAUUUCAAUAGAAUAAAAUGGCAGUAUAUGAUUUUGGACGAAGCACAAGCUAUAAAAAGUACAAGCAGUAUGAGGUGGAAAUUGUUAUUGGGGUUUAGUUGUCGUAAUAGAUUAUUGCUCAGUGGUACUCCUAUACAAAAUAGUAUGGCAGAAUUAUGGGCAUUAUUACAUUUCAUUAUGCCUACAUUGUUUGAUUCGCAUGAUGAAUUUAAUGAGUGGUUUUCUAAAGAUAUUGAAAGUCAUGCAGAGAAUAAAACGGGAAUAGAUGAAAAACAUUUAUCGAGGCUUCAUAUGAUCUUGAAACCUUUCAUGUUACGAAGAAUAAAAAAAGAUGUAGAAAAUGAAUUAUCCGAUAAGAUUGAAGUGAUGGUGUACUGUCCGCUUACGACUCGUCAAAAACUGCUUUAUUCGGCAUUAAAGAAAAAAAUUCGGAUAGAGGAUUUGCUGCAUUAUACAGUGGGUGGAGGGGACACUGCGUCUAAUGAUAAAAACUUUACUUCCAAUUUAAUGAAUCUAGUCAUGCAGUUCCGGAAGGUCUGCAACCAUCCUGAACUCUUUGAACGUAGAGAUGCUAAAUCGCCAUUUUUUAUGAAGACAGAAUUUUAUGACAUGCCUACUUUGCUAUAUAACAAAGGACUCUUGCAUUUAGCAUUACCAUCCAAAGAGCAUCUGUUGUAUAAUAGGUUGUUUAUAUUUGCCGCGGAGUAUAUUCAUUGUGCUCUUCAUUGCAACGAAGAUUUGUGCGAGAAUACAUUUUCAUUUAGUAGAUUUAUUAAUCUAUCUCCGAUGGAAAUAAACAAAGUGUUUAUUGCUGGUACUUUAUUCAGAUUAUGUCUAAUAACAUUCAUGGAGAGGAGAUUAAGAAUGGUACAAUACUGGGAAAAUUGGCACAAUGAUAAUAGAUCGAGAAUACCUACAAACCAAAUGUUUUAUUUGACCAGAAAAUUUGAUGCUUUGUCGACAACAUUAAAAGAUUUAUUUUUUACAAGUAAGAUAAUCGAAGGCGAGGCUUUCUACACACAUACGAACCACACGAUACAUUCGAUGCCAGAAACUGUUGCUCACAGAAUAUUACGUAGUAGUAAAAAAGCUAAUCAGCUAUUAAAGUUACAAAGGAUAUUACCUUCUGGUAAAAUGGAUCAAGCGGAAGAUUCAAAGUUAGCUCUACUUCCUGAACAUUCUCAUCAUCCGCGGCAGCCUAUAAUGCGAUAUUGCCAACAAACAACGAUUCCUGCCUUUGUUUGCGAUAAUAAUCCCAAGGUUCAAGCUAGUCCGCGAAAAUUAUAUGUUAGCAAUAGUUCUGCGGCGUGCGCUUGGAAGAGACACGAGGAAUGUGGUGGUUCAUUUGGUCAAAGAUUACUUUGGCUUGGUUGCGAACGAGCACUUUCUGAAGAAAUGUCGGGUAUUCGUGUCGGCCAAACAAUGUCAACAUUUUGCUAUCAACCUCAAGGUGGAUUAUCCGCGUGUGCCCCUAUUAAUGGAUGGUCGCAUAUUAUUGUACCAGAUAAACAAACGCUAGUGACAGAUGCUGGCAAACUUUCUGUACUGGACAGUCUUUUACGACGUCUGAAAGAACAAGGACAUAGGGUGCUGAUCUAUUCACAGAUGACAAAAAUGAUUGAUUUACUAGAGGAAUAUAUGUAUCAUAGAAAACACACUUUCAUGAGGUUAGAUGGUUCAUCAAAAAUCUCAGAUCGUCGAGACAUGGUUGCAGAUUUUCAAAAGAGAGCGGACAUAUUCGUCUUUCUGCUAAGUACUAGAGCUGGCGGCCUGGGAAUCAAUCUCACUGCGGCAGAUACGGUAAUAUUUUAUGAUAGUGAUUGGAAUCCUACUGUAGACCAACAAGCUAUGGAUCGCGCCCACAGACUGGGGCAGACUAAGCAAGUCACGGUCUACCGAUUAAUAUGUAAAGGAACCAUCGAAGAACGGAUUUUGCAGAGAGCGCGCGAAAAGAGCGAGAUCCAACGUAUGGUUAUAAGUGGCGGAAAUUUCAAACCCGAUACUUUAAAACCCAAAGAAGUCGUAUCGCUACUGUUGGAUGAUGAGGAAAUCGAAGCAAAAUGUAAGUAUUUUAAAUACAGCCAACGAAGCGAGGAGAGAAAGCAGCAGCGAGCGGAGGAGGCUCGCCUCGAGUCAAACCUACAGCACAAGGAGAGGGACCGGAAGAGGAAGUUAACCGCGCUUCCGGUCAAGAACGAUGCGAAAAAACCGUGUCAAGAGAAUAUUAAUAGUGACAAGAAUAACGAUAUUGUUUACGUUAAUCUUAAUGAGUCUAAACCAGCUAACAACCCGAUUCAGUCACAGCAUCAGAACAAUCAUCAUCAACAACAGUUAGAAAAUAUUGAUAAUUAUAGCACACCGACCAGUCCAGCAAAAUCAGAAGACGAAACGAGUAACGAGGGACUCGUGGUUGAUGUGGACGGUCCGGUGGCGGUUUCCGGUAGCGACCCUCAUGGUCAGCCUCGAGGCAAUGUUCAGUUUGGAGAAUCUCCACCUAAGGUCGCUCGACUUGGACAUCAUUUCGCCUUUGGUGUGGGUGCAAACGCGCGAAUGCGACAAUCUGUACGCGGCGCGAGCAAACGCGGCCGACCACGAGGUUCUCGUAGGGGUGGACCAAUUGGCGGUAAAGGAAGAGGGCUGCUUUUGAUGCAUCCAUCGUCGAAAGUUUCAAACGUAACCAGCGAAACACAAUCGACAGCGACGUCACCAAUCGACGGAAGUGGAUGCUCAACCGAGGUAUUGCGGCACUGGACGCCUGCGACUUCCGAUCCUGCGGACGGGGACGGUCCCAGUACGGUAGGGCCACUAGGUCCAGUGGGUACUUUAAUACCUCUAUCGGGACGCAGUGGUAUGGCGGGAAUUCGUCGUGGCCCUGGUAGACCUAGAUUACGACCGACUGGUCCCGGUCAUCAGGGCUAUCGCACCCCUAGUCACCAUCACGGCAAGAAGAUUCAACGACCGUUGCCCGUACCUAUCAGAUCUCAUCAGACAGUCGCGGGUGUCGGUCAGCAUAAAGCAUCUUCAUCGUCGCAGAAGCGUUCUGGAAUCUCGAUGACUGGCACGUCGUCGUCGUCGUCGUCGCCUUCAGUCGCUAUCGCAGCCACGAAUUCGUCGCCAGUGUUAUCGUCGUCGUCGUCAUCCUCGAUGCCGUUGGCGGAAUCGCGACCUUUCGGAUUCUACACGCAGCAACAGCCACGCACAGGAUCAUCGUAGUUUCGCGGAUAAAGAAUAGACAUUUUUUAACUGUUCUCCUGGUGAAACACUCGCGAUACCGGUAAGACAUUUUUAUCCUUUCCUUUUUAUGAUUCCUGCGUUUUCUUUUUCUACCAGAUUUGCUGAAAUCUCUGUAGUCGAAUCAUCCGCGAUGAUAGAGAUCAGUGGAUUAACGGAGCAGUGAAAAGAUUUUCUAUAGUUCACGGUUGAAAUUCAAAGAAUAAAUCGUGUUCAAACUAUUAUAUAUUUAUCGUGUCUCGUGAGAGUUUGACUUCCGCCACGAUGUUUCUGUACGCGUGACUCGAACGUGCAAUUCCGAUAAGUGUUAGAUCCCUUGUCCCUCUCCUCUCUUUCUCUCUCUCUCUCUUUUUCAUCUUAAAUUAUGAUUAUAUGCGAAAGGAGGCAGCGAUUGACAAUGUCUAGGCACUGUUGCAUAGGACUGUUUAUUGCACAAUUAUAUUUAUUUUAGUUACGGCGUAAGAAAUACGACGGAAUUUAUCGUCAAACGUUAGAAGAUAUAAUUGUCGAGGUCAGUUAGGUACUUAAUUCAAUGCUUGCCUUCGAAUCCUUUCAUUGGAUUCAUCUUCUCGGUUUUAUAGCAAUUUUAAUCAUGCUCUUCAAUUAAAGACGCAAGGGCAAUAUACUCUUGUGAAAUACCACAAUCCAUGCGGGAUAAAAGGGAUCGAUUUCUGCUAUUAAUCAAUCGAUUCGAUUUUACAUAUGUGGUACAAGUUGUAGCUUUUGUUUUUUAACUUAAAUGUACAAUUAGAUAAUCGACACGUCGUUGUGCGCACGUUGGUGCUGAAUUCCGACGACGAUCGUCGACAGAUCGGAUCUCCGGCGAAUAUGUCGAAUACGAAAAAAAGCGACGGGAAGGUGUUUUGGAUUUACCUCCUCCGUUUUCUCUUCAUCGAUCGCUCUCUCGGCGUCCUUGUACAUUGUUCAUUAACGAUAGCAUUAGUUCGUCACUAGACUCGGUUAGCCGAUAUUUUUUAUGCAUGUUACGAACGUCGUUAGGCCAAUUCAAUUUGUAAAAGAAUAGUAUUUAUAUUAGCAAUAAAGAGACAAAAAUUCCACCUUUA